UGAUCUUAUUGCUAUCUGUGCUACUGGUGCUGCGUCUUUUUCCCCGAGUAUAUUCGUUAAAAUUAGCUGCAAGGCUUGCCAAUAUUUUAUUCAGCCCCAAUUGUAUGGAGCCUUCAGUUGACUUCGGGACGUUGUAAUGGACACACACGCGUUGGUGCAAAUAAAAUAAUAAAUAUAGAAGUUGCGCGGAAAUUGAAAUACUCGUAGUUUCACUUAAAAACCAAAUACUACGGUUACUAGAAUACUCUGAGGCUAGGCAAUUGUCCAACCAUGGUUAAUGGUAGCUACAAUGUUGCAAUGCAAGGCCGCCCAGAGCCAGCUGAUAAUUUCCAGAAAUCGGAUACUCUACCAGGACCAAAAGACUUUGAGGCUAAAACACAGAACGGCACGAGCGAUUCACAAAUAAGAUACCCAUAUUUAGAGCUGUUUCGCUAUGCGACAUUAUGGGAUCGUUUGCUUGUAGUUUUUGGUGCUGUUGUGGCAUCUCUAGCUGCACUUAGUUCACCAUACAAUAUAAUCAUCUACGCCGAGCUAACAACGCUGCUCAUAGAUCGCAACGUUGGCAUUGGCACGUCUACACCAGCGCCGAUUUUGAGUGCCUUCGGCGGCGGUAGGAAGCUUACGAAUGCGAGUCAUGCGGAGAAUAUGCUAGCAAUCAAGGAGGAUGCGUUGGCUUAUGGAUUAGCUACGCUCGUUGGGUGUGUAGUGGAGUUGAUACUUUUGGCGCUAGCGGUCGAUAUGCUCAAUAAAGUUGCACUCAGACAGAUAGCAAAAAUUCGAAAACUUUUCUUGGAAUCCAUUUUACGUCAGGAUAUGUCUUGGUAUGACACGUCUUCCGGCAAUACGUUCGCCAAUAAGAUGACUGAAGACUUGGAUAAAAUGAAAGAGGGAAUCGGCGAAAAAGUCGCAAUAUUCGUUUUCCUCAUUAUGACCUUCGUAACAGGAAUUAUUUUCUCUUUUGUCUAUGGUUGGCUUUUAACAUUGGUGGUACUCACCUGUUGUCCGUUUAUUAUCAUUUCUACUGCCUAUGUUGCAAAAAUCCAAAGCACAUUCACACAAAAGGAACUGAAGGCUUACUCAAAUGCCGGUGCGGUCGCCGAGGAGGUCUUCUCGGGCAUACGAACCGUCUUCGCAUUUAGUGGUGAACGCAAGGAGACUGAACGUUUCGCCAAGUUGUUGGUGCCUGCUGAUGUGAUGGGACGCAAGAAGGGACUAUACUCCGGUAUUGGCGCCGGCCUUAUGUGGUUCAUUAUUUAUAUUGCCUAUGCAGUAGCUAUUUGGUAUGGCAUACAACUGAUAUUGAAGUAUCGAUAUGAGGACGAAAAGCUGUACACUGCUGGCUCAUUGGUUAUAGUGCUCUUCAGCAUAAUAAUGGGCGCACAGAAUUUGGGUUUCUCGCUGCCGCAUGUAGAGUCGUUCGCAACGGCACAAGGCGCUGCACAGAAUGUCUUUUCCACCAUUGAUCGCGCAUCGGAAAUUGAUCCGUUGAAUGAGAGCGGCGCCAAGUUGGAAAAAGUUGUGGGGAACAUAAAUUUUGAGAACUUACAUUUCAAUUAUCCGGCGCGGCCUGAUGUACAGGUGCUCAAGGGCUUCUCAUUGCAAGUGCCAGCAGGUCAAACGGUUGCGUUGGUUGGUCCUUCUGGCUGUGGCAAGUCAACAACACUCCAACUAUUGCAGCGCUUCUACGAUGCACCCACCGGCUGUGUGCGUUUGGAUGGUCGCGAUCUACGCGAACUCAAUGUUGGCUGGCUGCGCUCACAGAUUGGUGUUGUCGGGCAGGAACCAGUGCUGUUUGCCACAACCAUACGCGAAAAUAUACUUCACGGUAAACCCACUGCAACGCAAGAGGAAAUCGAGCAGGCCGCGCGCAUGGCUAAUUGCCACGACUUCAUAGUGAAGCUGCCAAACGGUUACGACACUAUGGUCGGUGAACGUGGCGCACAGAUGUCCGGUGGCCAGAAGCAACGCAUAGCCAUUGCACGUGCACUCAUACGUAACCCGAAGAUACUGCUCUUGGAUGAAGCGACUUCGGCCUUAGAUCCCACAUCUGAGCGCCGAGUGCAAGACGCACUCGAUGUAGCGAGCCAAGGACGCACCACGCUGGUGGUUUCACAUCGGCUCUCAACAGUGACAAAUGCCGACUUGAUAGUGUUCGUGAAGGAUGGUGUUGUAGCCGAGCAGGGUACGCAUGAGGAACUAAUGCGCGCGGAAGGACUUUACUGCAAGCUGGUGAUGAUCUCCAAGCGCAAAGAAGAGGAAGAGGCCUUGGCGAACACCUCGAAUGCUGUGCGCCAGCGUAAACAACAAUUGGCUGUGCCAGAUGAUUCCGACGACGAGGGUGACUCAAGCUUUGAUGAAGCAGAUGCCGAUAGUGUGGUAAGCCGAAAGAAGACGAAAAGGAAGACGAUUAAAGCCGAGAAACACAAUAUCACUUUUGCACAGCUGAUGAAAAUGAAUGCGCCUGAGUGGCGUUACAUUCUGGUCGGCUGCAUAGCGGCCAUGCUGCACGGUGCUACAUUCCCCGUAUGGGCGGUGCUCUUUGGUGACUUCUUUGGCAUCUUAUCUGAUCCGGAUGAUGACUAUAUCACCAAACAAUCGAUUUUAUUUGCUAUUCUGUUCAUCGUUAUCGGUAUAAUUGCUGGCAUUGGCUCACUUCUACAAACUUACAUGUUCAGCACUGCGGGCGUGAAAAUGACAUCUCGCCUGCGCCAAGAUGCUUUCAAGGCGAUAAUCGGCCAGGAAGUCGGCUACUUUGAUGACGAUCGUAAUUCAGUGGGCGCACUGUGUGCUCGCCUUGCUGGCGAUUGCUCGAACGUACAGGGUGCAACAGGUUCACGCAUCGGU